AUGCCUCUUCACGAGAAUGAGAUUUCGGCUGGCUUACUAGCCCACGAUACGAGUCACCAGUCGAAAAUAUCCCAGCACACGGACGGAGCCGGUUCAAUCGACGCAAAACCAGCGAUCAUCGGUAUCUAUGGAAUCCCGGGUUCAGGGAAGACUUUUUUGUUGAAUCAACUGAAGCAUGAAUUAAGCGCGAAUUUGUUCCACUUCUACGAAGGAUCGGAAAUGAUAGCCAGUCUUGUUCCUGGAGGUCUCAAGGCUUUCGACGAGAUGGAUUCCCAGGAGAAGACACAUUGGCGCGAAAUUGCAAUUGACACUAUCCGGAGCCAUUCUCAAACUAGUGGGAGGACGGCGGUUGUCACAGGCCACUUUAUGUUCUGGCCAGAAGCUGAGAAGGAAGGCUGCUCGGUCUACACGCAGAAUGAUUUGGUUACAUAUACACACAUUCUUUACCUGAACAUCCCGAUUGAGACUAUCGAGCAGCGCCGUUGGAACGAUGCAUCGAAACCACGUCCGCACACAUCCGUAGCCCACCUUUUUAAGUGGCAGCAAGCCGAAAAGACCUGGCUGCAAUCGCUAUGCCGCGAGCAUGGCAUCUUGUCCUCCAUCCUGACGUCGGAUUCGACCUUGAAGAGCAGAGCUUUGGUGCUCCUCCGAGAUUUCAGCGUCCAUACCCAAGCAUACAACGAAAUCCAGACUCAGAUCACGUUGGAUGCCUCUAUGGCCUUAUACCAAGGCUCGCCAGAGACAUUCCUGGUCUUGGACGGCGACAGGACGCUAGCUGCGCAGGACACGGGUUCACUCUUCUGGGAGAAGCUUCAUGGCUCGAGACAAGAGGCUAGCAAAGAUCUUCUUAGGUCACUGUUCAGCGGCCCACUGGGAUACUCAUACGAAGCUUUUCGACAAGCCAUGCUCUUGUAUGAGGACGCUGUCGACGAGCAAAACUACGAUACCAUUUGCCAGCAUGUUGCUUCAGAGGUGACCAUCCAUCCAGAAUUUGUAUCGUUGCUCCAGUUGGUGGCGCAGCAAGAACAUAUCGGAGCCAUCAUCGUGAGCUGCGGUCUUCGUCGGGUCUGGGAGAAGGUCCUCGAAAAGGAAGGCCUUUCCAGCACCAUGACGGUCAUCGCAGGAGGGCGCAUUUCAGACGGCUUCGUGGUGACAGCGGAAACCAAAGCCGCUGUUGUGUCACGGUUGCAGACCCUACAUGGUGGAUACGUCUGGGCUUUUGGUGACAGCCCACUUGACCUUCCGAUGUUGCAGAUGGCGGAUGAAGCAAUUGUUGUGGUCGGCGACAAGUUUACUAGAAGCAAAAGUAUGGAAUCAGCUCUCCUAGAAACCAUGGAUCAGGGUGGCCUGCGCGCCCGUCAGGCUACGCUACCUCGUACGGCUUCACCGCGGCUGAGUGUUUCAAAGCUCCCAGUGGUCGACAUGAACCGUAUUGAAAUGAUCAGCGCCUUGCUUCGUCGCCGUGAUCGCUCUGCUAGGUUCCCGAUCUACCACGCAACCAACAAGAGUGCGGCAAAACUACUUGCAACACCAAGUCGCGAUGCGGCCGUUGCAGGACCGGCACUGAGGAAAGCUCAUCGUCAGGCAGGCUGGUAUCUCGCCUGUGAGUUCGUGGCGAAUGUAAUCGGAAUGGAGGAUUGCCCAAUCGCACAUGUGCUCGGACAUGGAUCGACUGGAUCUAGGCUCUUGCACGAAAAGACGACGACAAUUGUGGCAGUUAUGCGAGCUGGUGACCCUAUGGCUUCUGGUGUCAGCAAAGCAUUUCCAUUAGCGAUGUACGUACAUGCGAACAAGCCCAGCGACCUCGCGCCUCAUCAUGUCCAAAGUCAGAGCCAGAUUUUGUUGGUCGACUCGGUUAUCAAUAGUGGUAAGACGAUCGUAGAAUUUGUGCAGCACAUUCGCAACAUCGAUGCCAACAUUCGCAUUGUGGUGGUCGCAGGGGUUGUUCAGGGCCAAUGUGUUUCUUCGAGCAGUGCAACGUACAAAGCACUCGCUCUUUGUGGAGAUGUCAGUCUUGUGACGCUUCGAAUUUCUAGCACAAAAUUUACCGGCAGUGGCACGACGGACACGGGCAAUCGUCUCUUCAACACGACACACCUUCUUUAG